CACACAAACCACUCUCGUGCUGCCAAACCCUGACGCGCCUGCGUCUCAGAGCCACAGACAAUCGUCUUGUAGGCGAGACCAGCUCCGCACCAUCCCUGAGGGUAGAGCAGCGCGCCCCAGUUCCAGAGCAGUUUCCACCACAGCACCUCGUUACAUUCUCGCCAUCACCCAAGAAAGGGACCUCAGCAGGUCUACGAGCGUCGCCAACAUGUCGUCCACAAACCAGACUUCGUCAAAGUCUACGCGAUCGCGGUACUCGAGCCCCUCGGCUGGCACGCAAAACAGAAGUUCUGUCACUAAGGAGCAGCGGAACUUCAUGAGGAGCUGGCUGGAGCCGCCUGUCCAGAACAAGCCGAGCUUUCAGGAUGCCGGGCUUAUGCGGUCGGGGGUCCUCGAGAACAUGGCCCCCUUGGGCACGCUUCCCAAGGCGAACGCGUUGAAAAAGACCACCACGAGCAAAACGACACGGUCCUCUCCAUCUCCAGCUGACGAGGACUUCACCUCUGCUCCAGCACCCACAGUCAGGAAGACGACCUUCAAGGUUAUGCCGUACUCGCAGACAGUUGCGCUUGCCACGAUCGAAGCGUCUAGCGCGACACCGUCGAGGUCUCCAUCAGUCCCUGCGCUUGAUAUGGAGGUCCAGCAGAGUCGGUCACAAUCGCCCCUUUCACGACCAAGUCACUUGCCUCUGGUAAUCGACGAUGGGGCAGAUGAAGAUUAUGUUCCUAAGAAGACGAAGAAGCCUCGGCGGUCCACUGCUAAGAAGCUUGGGAAAGCUGCGUCAGAGGAGACGCCCGGCGUUGCGGAGAGCACUGCAGAGCCUACAACCACAACAAGGAGGCAAUCUGCGAGGCACAAGACCCGUCGCCAGUCCAGCCCCACUCCUCCCCAACCAGCCACAUUUCGCGCACCAUCUUCGACCAGGGACCGUGAGCCUGAGGAUAAGGAGAUGGCAGAUAAAGUCGUCGAGCUGGCUGUCGAGGAGGCACUGGAUUUCCACCGCUAUCCUACAGCUUUCGCGAUCCGGCUGCUGUAUGACGACUACCAGAAUGACCCUCACUUUGUGGCUAUGAUUGAAGAUAUUGCCCACCAGCGAGCGGAUAUCGAAACCCUACAGGAGUUCACUCGGUUGGUCAAGGAGAAGAAAAAGGACGGAGCACGAAAUGGCAACGCGUACGACUACUUUGUUCCGCCAUCAGACGGCAGCAGGGCCAGCCCUAGCAAGGCCCAGCCUGCCCCUUACGCAGACCUCCUGACCAUGGACAUGGGCACGAUCAAGGACCAAGAAUCCGACCAAGGCAGCGAAGAGCCUCCGAACAAAAGGCCCAAAUUGGAACCGACUGAGUCCCUGGUGAUGAACGGCACUGGGGUUGGCUGUAGUGGCGCAGCUCGCCCCCUCCAUGACACUCCCCAGAAGGCGCCUGCCGCUAGUGCCAAGGGCACGCCAGGCAGUCGCAAGUCGCCCCGGAAGAAGCACAGGUCCGACUCUCUUAGCAGUCUGUCGUCCUUGUCGUCUAUCGACGUCGACGAGCUGGAUUUCAGCACAUUUGCUGCAAAUACUGCUGCUGCAUCGGGCGAGGAAGAGGACCUCGAGGAGGAUGGUGUCGAUGCGCCAGGUGCUGCUCCUACCCCGGCCGUGACCAGACAACCAAUCAAACCGUCGCACAAGAAACCCGCGUCCAAAAAGAAGGAUGCGGCCGGCCCCAAACCUGCUCGCUCAUCAAACACAACUCAACAUCCACCCUCCUCCUCAUCAUCUGACCUGAGCAUGCCAGCCACCGUCAUCAAUGACGGUGCAUCUCAUCAACCACCCGGCACUCUCAAGUUUCCCAGUCGCUACGGUGAUGCGGGCGAACUUAAACCCUACGAGCGGAAGAAGUUGUUAACCAAGGCUAAGAACAACGAGGCACUCAAGGAAGCUAUCGAGCACAGCUUCACGCGUGAGCCUCUCGCAGCGGACCUCAGCUAUGAGACACUGCCGGCGGCCCAAACCCCGGUCGCCCGCGCUCAAUCGAUUGUAGAGAGCGUUCGCAGUGCAGUCCGGACACCUGCUCCUGGUUCACGAACCACAAGAGCCGCCAAGAGAAGUCACGAUGAAUUGGAUGAGCAACCAUCAUCACCCACAUCCAUCUCAAUUCGACCUGAUCUGGAUCCUCCAUCCGGCCGCCCAUCACGUGCAGCAACACCUACCAACCCACGAUCUGGCAAGAGAGCACGCGGCGGGCUUCGCGUCAAGACAUCUCCGAUGAAGAAAAAGGGUACUGCUGCCGGCGUGCCUCGUAGUAGUGGUGAUCGCCCCAGCCCCCUUGGCUUCGGGCCUCCAAAUGAUAAGGACGAUAAUGACGACUCUUGUUAUGCGUGCGGAGGCAACGGCGAGCUUGUCUGUUGCGAUGGGUGCUCAUAUGCCUUUCACUUUGCCUGCAUUGAUCCUCCUUUGAAUCAAGCCACCGCAGGGGAUGAGUGGUAUUGCAACGAGUGUACCUACCGAGCAUAUCCGUCCAUAGGGGAAAAGAAGGGCGUAUUUGGCUCCCUUCUCAGCCUUAUGGACCGGAAGAAUUCUCGCGCGUUUAGACUGCCGGAACGAUUGAGGGACUAUUUCGAAGGCGUCAAGACUGGGCCCGAGGGUGAGUAUGAGGAGGUUGCGCCAGGAGGCCCCAAAACGAGUAGACCUAACAGGAAAGGCUACACGGAGGAGCCAUUUGACUUUUAUCGCAUCAGGAACACCGACGGGACUGCAGCAUUGUGCCACAUGUGCCACAAAGCAGCGUCUGAGAACAGGGCUCUGCUGCCCUGCUCCGAAUGCCCCCUCAACUGGCACCUUGACUGCCUCGACCCACCCCUGGCCUGCCCGCCACUACCACGCACAUUCAGGUGCCCUUGUCAUGCGGACGACACACCUCGAGGACUGAUGGCGAAGCUUGCUCCCGCUCACAAGCUCCGCAAGAUCAAGGGAGCUCCGGUGAUCGAACAGGCUUAUGGUCGCGGUCUGACCAACAACGGCUGCAUAGAAAUUGAGGAGGACAGCGAGGAUGAGAACGAGGCCCAGUACCAGAACUUUGGCCGCGUGUAUCGGGUUCCUGAGCGGGGUGUCAAGCUCGACUUCAUUUCUCGUGUGAAGAAGAACCGCUGGCGGGCACCGCCACUCGCGGUGGGCACGAGUGACCCCGCUCGCAUGAACGCGCCAACGGUCCGCAGCCUGGAAGAGCAGCAGGCUGCACUGAAUCUCGCCCAGCUCAGCCAAGGUAGUAGUGACGGCGUCAGCAAUCUUGUGCGAGCUAUGGUUACGCAAGCCAGUCCUGCAGUCGUUUCCCUGAUGGCAGCAGCUGAUGCUGAACGCAUGGCCGCCGGCGAACUUGGCGAGCUCGACGUAGUGGCUCUCGAGUCCAUGCUCGCACAAGCCGACGCCAUUCGAGCCUCGGUCACACGACUUUUAGCCAAGCGAGGACACCCCGCAGUUCAAGAGUCAAGCUCUCAGCUUGAAACCACGACAGCCACUCCGCCAACAGACAAUGGUGCGCACGAAGUCAAGCGCCGACGCAGUAAUGAUUCUGCCAUGCAGCUCGACUGAGGCAGAUCCUACCAAUGCGCUCCCUCUGUCAAGCCCUCAACGAUGAGAAAGCCAUUGUCCGUAGACACACUCCAGUGACACGAGCAAUGUUCGGUCGAGAUCGGC